UUCAGAACACCAACGCAGGAGAAAGCUAUAAACAUUGUGUAGUCAAAAUGUGCCGCUUGAUGAAAAAGUGCCUUACAUUUACACUCACAGCUUGUAUUGUCCUUGCAGAAACAGAUGUUGAGUGUGCCAACCAAGUGCUGUGUAUUUUGAAAAAAUAUUGCGUGUCCGUUCCAGGCCCUCUGAUACUUGAUAUGAUACAUGUUGAUGGUUACUGCGCCGACAUAAAAGAUGUGAAAACAUGUAUGGGGUUAUGCAUGAAUGAGAAAUGUCCGGACAAUCGCUACGAACAUUUUUUUAUGCAAAUGUUUGGUAGAGAAGUAGAAAAUUUGUAUGAAGUGCUUUGUGGAGAACACGGGGAAAAGGUUAUUACAGGACUUUCAAACUGCAUGCAAGUUCUCUUUAAAAAGGACGAAAAUUUGGAAUCAUUGCAAUCCACUUGUUUAAAGCGGGCAACCGGUGAGUGCCUUGAAUCUGAUCAGUCACGUAGACUAAGUUGUCGAUUUGUAAAGUUGAUCGAAUGUAUCAAAAAGGGAUCUCAAACAGUUUGUGGGGAACUCAGCGCAGACUUUUUGGGAAAGGAUUUUGCUUUGCAUUUGUUUACCAGGUUGUAUUGAUUAUGAGAAACAGAUCCAGUAAAUUGAGGCUGAAGGCGCUGAAACAUAUUAAUUAAUGUAAACUAUUGUUUCGUAUCUAUCGCCUAAUAAAUUUUUGAACUGU